AUGGUGAGUCAGCUAGUUUGGAAGCAGGCUGCUGCCUCACGUCGGGUGGCUGCGCGCCUUUCUCCGCACCGGCUCUAUCGUGGCCUAGCCACUGAAGCCACCUCAUCUCGCAUGCCCCCGUAUGCGAAGAUUGUCCGCAAUCUUGAGACAGUGCGCAGAGUGUUAGGAUCAGAGCGGUCACUCACGCUCGCUGAGAAGAUUCUCUACGCUCAUUUGGGUAAUGUCGAAGAAUCCCUGCUCACCGGUACAAACAAUGGUCGUGAUAUCCGGGGCAAGGCCAACUUGAAACUCAAGCCGGAUCGUGUGGCCAUGCAGGAUGCCUCAGCUCAGAUGGCUUUGCUGCAGUUCAUGUCCUGUGGUCUGCCCUCGACUGCCGUGCCCGCCAGCAUUCAUUGUGACCAUAUGAUUGUUGGUGAGCGCGGUGCUGAUACAGACUUGCCUGCUUCUAUCCAGGGCAAUGCCGAGGUCUUUGACUUCCUUGAGAGCGCAGCCAAGCGCUAUGGUAUCGAGUUCUGGCCACCAGGCGCUGGUAUUAUUCACCAAAGCGUGCUGGAGAACUAUGCCGCCCCUGGUUUGAUGAUGCUCGGCACCGACAGUCACACUCCGAAUGCGGGUGGCCUGGGUGCCAUUGCCAUUGGAGUUGGUGGUGCCGAUGCCGUCGACGCGCUCGUCGACGCUCCUUGGGAACUGAAGGCUCCCAAGAUUCUAGGUGUCCGCUUGGAAGGCCAGCUUAGCGGCUGGGCUUCUCCUAAGGAUAUCAUCCUGCACUUGGCGGGUAGGCUGACCGUUCGUGGUGGCACUGGAUUCGUGAUUGAAUAUCACGGUCCGGGUGUUGAAACCCUCAGCUGCACGGGUAUGGCUACCUGUUGUAACAUGGGCGCCGAAGUUGGUGCCACUACCUCUCUUUUCCCCUUCUCGCCAAGCAUGGUGCCGUAUCUUGAAGCUACACACCGUGGUCACGUCGCUAAGGCGGCUGCUGAGAUUGCUGCAUCAGGCCCCGGCAAUCUUCUGCGAGCAGAUGAUAAGGCUGAAUACGAUCAAUUGAUCACCAUCAACCUCUGUGAGCUUGAACCUCAUAUCAACGGCCCUUUCACGCCCGACCUCUCUGUCCCUCUCUCCAAGUUUGCCGAUACUGUGCGGGAAAAGAAGUGGCCCGAGACCUUCGGCGCCGGCCUUAUUGGUAGCUGCACAAACUCCUCUUACGAGGAUAUGACUCGAGCCGAGGACUUGGUCAAGCAGGCAUCAGCCGCGGGUCUUAAGCCCAAGGCAGAUUUCUUCAUCACCCCCGGCAGUGAGCAGAUCCGCGCGACUCUUGACCGUGACCAGACUCUCAACACCUUCUCGGAAGCCGGUGGUGUUGUUCUGGCGAAUGCCUGCGGACCCUGCAUCGGUCAAUGGAAACGUACCGACGGCGUUCCCAAGGACGUGGACAAUGCCAUCUUUACUUCUUAUAACCGCAACUUCCCCGGUCGUAACGAUGGUAACCGAAAGACCAUGAACUUCCUGGCCUCGCCUGAGCUCGUCACCGCCCUCGCGUACUCUGGUAGCACCACCUUCAACCCAAUGAUCGACACCCUCUCUACCCCCAGCGGCGAGACCUUCAAGUUUCAAGCUCCUAAGGGCUCUGACCUUCCCAGUGCCGGAUUUGAGGAGGGCAACCCCAAAUUCCUUCCUAGCGCCGCCGUUCCGGACCCCUCCCAGGAGGUCAUCGUUUCCCCCACCUCGGACCGCCUUGCCCUCCUCGAGCCUUUCGCUCCUUUUCCCAAUGGCGACUUGACCAAUCUGAAGGUACUCUACAAGGUCAAGGGUCAGUGCACUACGGACACCAUUUCCGCCGCUGGCCCGUGGCUGAAGUACAAGGGCCACUUGCCCAACAUCUCUGCCAAUACUUUGAUCGGGGCGGUUAAUGCCGCGACUGGCGAGACCAAUGUCGCUUAUGACGAGAAUGGCAAACAGCACUCGAUUCCUGAGCUCGCUGAGCAGUGGAAGCAGCGCGGUAUUGAGUGGUUGGUCAUCGCUGAGGACAAUUACGGUGAGGGCUCUGCCCGCGAACAUGCUGCUCUGCAGCCUCGCUACCUGGGUGGUCGUGUGAUUGUAUCCAAGAGCUUCGCCCGUAUUCACGAGACCAACCUCAAGAAGCAAGGUGUGGUCCCCUUGACUUUCGCCAACCGCGAGGACUACGAUCGCAUUGACGCCUGUGACGUCGUUGACACCGUCGGCCUCUACGAUGUUCUCCAGGCCGGUGGCGAGGGCAAGGUCCAGCUACGUGUCACCAAAAAGAAGACCGGCGAGUCCUUCCUGAUUCCCGUGCAGCACACCCUGAGCAAGGAUCAGUCGGCGUUCAUCCUGGCGGGCAGUGCGCUCAACUUGCUGGCCAAGAAGGUCACUGCAGACGGCCAAUAG